GCGGCAAAGGAAACCACGUUUUCGGUGGUGGGGUGGUUUUGCUUCGUAGCUGGUCAAGAUAUCACUAAAUUAGCGAUAUUCCACCUGUAAAAACUCCUCAACAUGGAGGUACAACUCGAAAGAGAAGGUCAGGACUCUACAGGAGAGAACAGGGACCAGGAGACGGACAGAAAAGCGCACGAUCGGCCGUCGAAUCGCGGCGGUAGCGUCGGUGGCGUGCCCGCACAGACCUACGAGGCGGUGGACGGGUCCACGGUAGUCAUUCCUCGGGGGAAGCCAAAGUCCGGCAAAUUUUGGAAAACUGUGCGAUCAGAAAGACAUUCAAACAUCAAGAAAGACAAGCCUCUGAGAACCACCUGGAACAAGAAAAUGCAGCAAAGAGCAGAAAGACAGUCCAUCAAGUCAUUUGAGAAAGAACUGAAGGAGUUGAAACGACAACAACAGGAGGAGAAGAGAAAGAGACAAGAAGAACACAAGAAACAGAAGCUUGAAAAUGAGAGGAAAUCAGAGAUUGUACAGGUGAAUAUCCUGGCGACCCGACCCAUUAAAGAUGUGAACCUGUUCUCCCUGAAGAAGACCGUUGCGCUGGCCCUGUUUGACAUCACCGUGCUGGCCGCCAACACGGCACAGGUGAAGUUCGUGCGGCACAACUACAAUGAAGAGGACCUCGGGGUUUACAGGUUCACCAUGGUGAUGUUGGGACUGUCCAUCAUCCUCCUGGUGGCCACGGCAGCCGUCCUGCUCUACAUGGCCACCUUCAACAUAGAGCGCGACAACGUGUACGAAACCAUCGGGCGGAAAGCUCACAUCACCAACGACAUCAUUGCCUCCCUGGUGUUGGUUAUCACGAUCGUCAACGUUCUGGUAGCUGUGUUUGGCUGUGAACCCAAGGCUUGGCCCUCGUAAAAACUAACGUUUAUGGUUUGCUAAUGUUGUCCAUCGCCGUAGAUGGUCCCUCUUCGGCCACGUACUCCGUAUGCCGCUGGACUCACCCCCACAAAAGGUCCUCAGUGUCGCGUUCAGCAAAAAACUGAAACCCAGACUAGGAAGACCACGUGAAGGUCUCCUCAGUAGCCUCGUAAACUUUAUCUCAACCAUAACAUCAGACUCGAGUCUCACGUACUGAAACAUCUUAGA